AUGUUCCCCAAACCACGAGUUCUAGCGGUCAAGCGCAUCAUUGACCCUGAAGAAUAUCUGGACUUGAUGGACAGGGAGGAUGCGGGCAAUAACACCAUGGUGUUAGACGCCCGACCCAGGCCGCCGCAGGACGAUGCAAGCGCUCAAUCUUCGAUUCCGCAGGCGGAGAUAGAGUCUUCUGCUCCGUACCAGCCGUUCCACACAGACAAGCGUGUGGCGAUUUACGAGUACGCACCGGAGCAGCCGUCAACGGCUCAACAAGUCGCUCUUGUCUCUGAAAUGCUUGGAGACUCACUCCAGCUUGAGAAACCCAAGCCGUCCAAAUCUAAGCGGAAGGCAUCUCCGUCAUUCUCGCCAGCACAAGCACCUGUAAAGGACACGUCUGUCUGGGUAUUUGGCCAGCCGAUCGAGGCUACUCGGCUCGAUCUCGGCCAUUAUCAGAUUACCGAAGAGGAGUCUUUCAACAUGUCGACUGACGACACUCGGGCUUUGCCUCCGUCCGCUAUUGAGCGUGAACGUGUGCUGCAGCGUUUUGGCGAGAACGAGGAGCAGAUCGUGGUCACAACUCGGCGACGACGAGGGGCUGGACGUGCCGCCGAUACGGACGACGAUGGGUUCUUUGAGGAUGACUGCGAGGUGUUGGACUUUGCCGACCAGAGAGUGUGA